AUGUCAGAUUCCAACACAACUGCCUUCACCAACCCCUCUACCUUCAUCCUGCUGGGCAUCCCUGGCCUGGAGGUGGCUCAUGUGUGGAUCGCCAUCCCCUUCUGCGCAAUGUACGCCAUAGCCAUCUGGGGAAACUUUGCCAUCUUAUUUAUUGUGAAGAGGGAGCCCAGUCUCCAUGAGCCCAUGUACUAUUUCCUCUGCAUGCUGGCCGUCACCGAUCUUGUGCUGUCCACGUCCACCCUGCCCAAAAUUCUAGCAAACUUCUGGUUCAAUUCCAACGAGAUCGAUUUCAGUGCCUGUCUCACACAGAUGUUUUUCAUUCACUGCUUCUCAGAAAUCGAGUCUGGGAUCUUCGUGGCCAUGGCGUUGGAUCGCUACGUGGCCAUCUGCCAUCCCCUGAGACAUUCCACUAUCCUGACAAACUCCCUGGUGAUAAAGAUUGGCCUGGUCAUUGUGUUACGUGGCAGCAUUCUUGUACUGCCUUGUCCUUUACUGGCAAGGCAGUGGCCAUAUUGCAGAAGCAACAUCAUCCCCCACACUCAGUGUGAGAACAUGUAUGUGGUGAGGUUGGCUUGUGCGGACACCCGCAUCAGUAGUUACUACGGCCUCUUUAUGUUAUCGUGUAGGUUUGGUCUGGAUGUGUCUUUUAUCACCCUUUCCUAUAUCCAGAUCCUCAGGGCCAUCUUCAGCCUUCCCACAAAGGAUGCCCGGCUCAAGACUUUUGGGACUUGUGGCUCACACAUAUGUGUCAUAUCGGCCUUUUACAUACCGACUCUGUUUGCCUCCCUGACAUCCCGUUUUGGCCACAAUUUGCCCCGUUAUGUACAAGUUUUCAUUUCCAAUGUGUACCUCCUGGUUCCCCCUAUGCUGAACCCCAUCAUCUAUGGUGUGAGGACCAGAAAGAUACGGAACAGGCUGCUCCGGUUCUUCACUCAUAAAGGAACUAAAGUUAUCUCCUCAGGUGGUAGCUCUCAGACAGAGCUUUGUGUGGGUGCUGGUUGGUGA